GUCAACUCGGCACUCGCAGUACUAACGAUGCCAUUGAAAUGAGCAAGAGUCUGAUUUCUGUUGGUGAUGCGUACGAUCUAAUGAGUAGACCUGACGCGGGGAAGCCAUACUUUGAAGAAGCCGUACAAGUGUUGCAAUCAUUUGGCGACGACAUUUCUCUUUCUAAGUUAUAUCCAGUUGCUCUUCAUCGUUUAGCAUCUUGCUACAUGGAAAUGAAACACUUUGAAGAUGCAGAGCGGCUGAUGAGAAAAGGAAUUGACUUGCAAAGAGAACGGAGAGAAGACGAUGCGCGUAUUUCAGCUGCUUUAAAUAACCUGGCUCUCACAUAUGAAGAAGGGGGGAAAUACAGUGAGGCGAUAAAGACAUACGAAGAGUCACUCGCGUUGAAAAGGCAAUGCAAUGACGGGAAUCUGGUGGGAAUGUCUACGACUCUAAUCAAUCUCGGUUACUGCUACAGAAAGAGCGGGAAACUUGAGAAAAGUUUGACUUUAAUGGAGGAGGCAGUCACAAUCAGCCGAUCAUGCUACUCAUCUUCUCAUCCCUCCUUGGCAAGUGCUAUAUCUAACCUUUCCUCUACGUACGAUUUACUUGACAGAAAAGAUGAAGCUUGGAAAUUGGCAAGAGAAGCGUUGGAUAUUGCAAACGUAUCAUUACCGUCAUCACAUACUCAAUUGGCCGUGUAUAUGAACCGUGUCGGUCGUUGUUGUUUAUCGCGAGGAGAUUCCAACGAAUCCAUAGUGUGGUAUGAGAAAUCCCACCAAUUGCUGCAACAACUACCUUCUUCACCUACACGAGACGAUCUCUUUGCAACAACGCUAAAUAACCUUGCUCUCGCAUAUAAAAGAGACGGGAAAUACGACGAGGCGAUAAAGACAUACGAGGAGUCGCUCGAGUUGAAAAGGCGAUGCGACCACGGGAAUCUAGUGGGAAUGUCUACGACUCUCAUCAAUCUUGGUUCCUGCUACAGAGACAGUGGGAAACUUGAGAAAAGUUUGAGUUUAAUGGAAGAGGCAGUCACAAUCAGCCGACCAUGCUACUCAUCUUCUCAUCCGUCCUUGGCACGUGCUGUAUCUCAACUUUCCUCUACGUACGAUUUACUUGACAGAAAAGAUGAAGCUUGGAAAUUGGCAAGAGAAGCGUUGGAUAUUGCAAGCGUAUCAUUACCGUCAUCACAUCCUCAAUUGAUCGUGUAUAUGAACAAUUUGGGAAAUUGUUGUCGAUCACGAGGAAACUACGAUGAAGCCAUCUCGUGGCAUGAGAAAGCAAGACAAUUGCUGCAACAGCAAGAUCAAUCACCUCAACGAGACGAAAAUAUUGCUACAUAUUUAUAUUACUUGUCUCGCGACCAUGACGAGAAAGGAUGUCAUGAAGAAGCUAUAAAGUUGUGUUUGAAAGCACUAAAAAUAGACCAAGAAAGUAAUUCUCCAAAUCCCCUUGAAAUCGCAAUUUGUACGAUGAGGUUAGGUUCGUAUGAAAUGAAAGCCUCAAGACUUGAAGCGUCUAUAACCCAUUUGCAAUCUUCCUUAUCAUUUUUGCAAGACACACUACCUACUAGUCAUCACACCGCAGAUUGUCACUUUUACCUUGCUACGUCGUUUCUUGCUAUGAAAGAAGCUUCCCAAUCCAGUCUGCAUGUAAAGAAAUGUCUUGAGAUACGAAAGACGAUUUUCCCAGUUGGGCACAGCAAAAUUGGGGAAGCCGAGUGUCUCAAACAAGAAAUUCAAGGGCAGAAUGAAAAUGCAAGUGACUGAUAUGAUAUUCUUACUUUGCUUAUUAAUAAAGAAUGGCCGUCUGCCUGUGUUCUUGUUAAAAUUAAUGCAACUGUUUUGCAUGGCGCACGAGGUUAGUCUGGGUCUGUGUAUACCCCACGCACCCACUAAAUAUGCACACA